AUGGGGGGCCCAGGCGUCUCUGACGUCACCUCCCCCUCCCCACCCCUGGCCCAGCUCCAGUCCAGGUGGGACCUGCCACCCGCAGCCCCUCCACCCCACGCUACCACCACCGGCCUGGCCCGGGUCGGGUCGAAGCCCUCCAGAGCGGAGCCAACCACCCUGUCCGCCCCCUACCCCGGGUCAGGGCCCCAGCGGGCUGUUUCUGCUGCUGCCAGCACUCCGCCAAGCCCAACAGGUGCAUUCUCCACCCUGGGGACCCAGGUGCAGCCUGCAGCCCCUCCCCCGCCGCAGCAAGACGAGCCCCCUGCACCGAAGGUCCCCGCAGCACCCACCCUCCCACCUCCCUGGGCAGGGGUACCAGGGGCACCCGUCCCAGCUUCCCAUCCAGUAGGGGAUCUGGGCCUCAGCAACGUGGGAUCCUCCACUGGGACGCCGAAGUUGGGGGUGGAGCGCGAGCCCUGGACCUCAUCUGCACCUGGCGGCCGCACACCUGGCUGGAGGAAGAGGCAGGGCCUCUGCUCCCUCCCGCCCCCCGCAUCACCGAGCGGGAAGGGGGGACCUGACGAUCACUUGUCGUCGACCCCCCCAGCCUGGCCUGCGACGGCUCGGCGGGCGGUGGCGUGGGGACAGCGGCGGUGGAGAAGAUCUCCAUCCUUACCUGGAGGAGCCCACAGGAGCAGCAGGACCACGUCUGGUUCUGACCGGGACCGCAGGGACCUGGCUUGGAUUCCUGAUCCCUCUUCUCUACAGACUGGAAGGCGCUUUGCAGUCGGAGAGAGGCUCGAGAGCUCAGUCCAGGUCCUGAGGCCCUGCGGACUGGGAACCCGGGCCGGAACGCGGGCGCGGACUCGAGCUCCCUGCUGAGGACAGCGCCCGAGCGCA